UAUUUUUGGCCUCUUUCUGGCGAGAUUCAACUGGUUUUAAGUUUUAACACUACGAAAGAAGUCAGAUUCUCAGGGCUCAGGCCCAAAGUCUAUGGCACUGAAACAGCAUGCCUUCGGAGCGACAAUCUACUCACAUCGUCAUGGUUGAAAGAUGCAACACAAAUUCGACAUUCGGCAAGAAAAACUGUAAGGACAACGAUUCCAAUAUCUGAUAUGGUGUCUCUUUUUAUUAAGAGAUGUCAUUGUCUUCAACGAAAACUAUCACCUACAUCAGUCCUCACUCUCUUCGUUCUCAGGCCAUUCUCGCACUGCACUCACUAUAAUGACGUUCGCUUCGCUCCUGCACAGCCCCCUCUUUCUCCAUCAUCAUCACCGUCAACAGCCCCGACCCCACCGCAAUCUUUUCUAAAAACAAUUUGCUCUUCGGCCCUGGAAUCUUAUUACAAACAAGCCCAUUUCCUAUCAUCCCCGCCCAAGCUCAAUCUUUGCAUAGACACCGAGUCUUUGACCCACGAACAGGCCAUUACUGUGGUUGCUUCACUGGCUAACGAAGCGGGUUCGAUGGUGGCACUCAGUUUCUUUUACUGGGCGAUUGGGUUUGCGAAGUUUCGUCAUUUUCGGAGACUUUAUAUAGUUUGCGCCACCUCAUUGAUUGAUAAUGGGAAUUUUGAGAGAGCUCACAAGGUGAUGCAGUGUAUGGUGAGGAGUUUCGCUGAAAUUGGGAGGUUGAAGGAGGCGUUUAGCAUUGUUAUUGAGGUUUCAAAUCAUGGGUUGCCGUUGGUUACCGGUAGUUUUAACUCUGUUGUGGGGGUUGCCUGUGAAAUGGGGUUGGUCGAGUUCGCGGAGAAAGUGUUUGAAGAAAUGUGUGAGAGAGGUGUAAGUCCGGAUUCUUGCAGUUAUAAGUUGAUGGUUAUUGCAUAUUGUAGAAUGGGUAGACUUAGAGAGGCUGAUAGGUGGUUGAGUGCAAUGAUUGAGAGAGGGCUCCUUGUUGAUAAUUCGACGUUAACAUUAAUUAUUAGUGCUUUCUGUGAGAAGGGUUUUGUGAGUAGAGCAUUUUGGUAUUUUAAUAGGAUGAUUGAAGCAGGUCUGAAACCGAACUUGAUCAAUUACACGGCUUUGAUCAACGGGUUGUGUAAGAGAGGCAGCAUUAAGCAAGCAUUUGAAAUGUUGGAGGAAAUGGUUCGAAUAGGCUUUAAACCGAAUGUGUAUACUCAUACAAUAUUGAUUGAUGGGCUUUGUAAGAAGGGUUGGACUGAAAAGGCUUUCAGGCUGUUUCUUAAGCUUGUUCGAAGUGAUAAUUACAAGCCAAAUGUGUAUACAUAUACCACUAUGAUUAAUGGGUACUGCAAAGAAGAAAAGAUGAAUCGUGCAGAGAUGUUGUUGGGCAGAAUGAAAGAGCAAGGGCUGUUUCCAAAUACCAACACAUAUACUAGUCUUAUAGAUGGGCAUUGCAAAGCAGGGAAUUUUGAAAGAGCAUAUGAAUUGAUGCAUUUGAUGGGCAAAGAAGGCUUUACUCCUAAUAUCUGUACUUAUAAUGCAAUUAUUGACGGCCUUUGUAAAAGGGGCAGGGUUACAGAAGCUUAUGAGGUUCUUAUGAAGGGGUUUGAAGAGGGAUUGCAAGCUGAUAAAAUUACCUACACUAUUCUCAUAUCUGAGCACUGUAAGCGAUUUGAAAUUGAACAAGCCCUGGUGUUUUUCUGUAAGAUGGUUAAAGUUGCUCUGCAGGCCGAUAUACAUGCAUAUACUACAUUGAUUGCUGCAUUCUCUAGGCAAAAAAGAAUGAAAGAAAGUGAGAAACUUUUUGAGGAAGCCAUCAGGCUUGGCUUGGUUCCAACCAAGGAAACAUAUACUUCCAUGAUUUGUGGGUACUGUAGGGAUGGAAAUGUCAGUAUGGCUUUGAAGCUUUUCCACAGGAUGGGUGAGCAUGGUUGUGUACCAGAUGGUUUUACUUAUGGGGCUCUUAUAAGUGGGCUUUGUAAAGAAUCCAAGUUGGACGAGGCAUGUGAGUUAUAUGAAACUAUGGUAGACAGGGGGAUUUCCCCCUGUGAAGUUACUCGGGUAACACUAGCAUAUGAGUACUGCAAGAAAAAUGAUUCUGCCAUGGCAAUGGUUAUUUUGGAAAGCCUAGACAAAAAGCUCUGGAUCCGAACGGUAAAUACCUUGGUCAGGAAGCUUUGUAGUGAGAGUAAAGUAGGAAUAGCAGCAUUGUUCUUUCAUAAAUUACUGGAGAAGGACAGUAAUGUUGAUCACGUGACUCUGUCAGCCUUCACGACUGCAUGUUAUGAGAACAACAAUUAUGCUCUAGUGUCUGACUUGUCUAAAAGGAUCUCUGAAGGAAUUGGUUAACAUCUCAGUUGAACUGACACUGGAUGGAUUUGACUUCCUUUGGAAAGCUGAGUCUUGAAAGAAGUUUUAGAAUCUUCUGAUUCUUUUCUAACUAGUGGCACAGUUGAUCCCUUCAGCAUUCCACUUAGACGUGGUACUUUGAAGCAUGACAUUAAAUGUGUGUUCAAAUCAUAGUGAGGAUUCAACUGAAGGGCCUCUCAGUUGCAGUCAUCACUAAGUUUCAUUGAUUGUUUUAGCUAACACAUCCUUGGAUCUCCUUAGGAAUUAAAUUUUACAAGGUCUGUAUUAUUGAUAAAGAAAAUGUCCCAUUUAUUUUCUAUAAUAUAUCUUAUUACUGUGAACAACAUCUCAAUUAUUCCUUUAUAAUUCAAUUUUUAUGUAAA